GAACAGGUGACAACUUUAACACGUGAACAUUGGCAGCGCUGUCCGUAGCAGAAGGCGAAGGGAGAACCCAAACAUGAACUCGUCCAACCCAGCAGGAAAUUUACCUUCCCAACAGGGUUACCCUCCUCCCGUUCCCGAUCAGCAGUUUCAGAAACCAGUGUUCAACCAAGAGGAGCUGCGAGUUCUGAGAGAAUGCAACCUAGAAUCAUUUUACUAUCGCUGUGUCCCUCUUGCAGCAGCUUUUACAAGUGCAACAUACAUAGCCAUGCGAAGGGGUAUAUUUAAAGUGAGUGAGAAGUUUGGGUACACACCAAAAAUGUUGGGUGCUGCCUUCAUAGGGUACUUUGCUGGAAAGCUGUCCUACCAGAAUGCCUGUGCAGAGAAGUUGAUGAAACUGCCCAACAGUCCUGUAGGAGAAGCACUUCGCAAGAGGAAAGGGCGGCUAGGAUUUCAGGAGUCUUUAAGCAUGGAGCCAGGGUUUUCGGUGGCAUUUCCAGGGGAAAAGGAUGGUUCUGGGUUCCAGCAGCCGAUUUUCGAUGAUCAUAGACCAGACUUGAGGGAUCACAAUGAGGGCCUUGAUGAAUACCAGCGAGGAGUCACAGACUCAUUGACACCAUAUACUGAGGUCCCACUAGAGUCGGCUCAAAGCUACACCACAUAUGAGGAACUUAGACGCCAAAACCGCGAAGAGUAUGUCAAUCGGAUGGCUGACAAGUACCGCAAGCUUCCAGCAG